UCCUCACCGAAAAUGUAGCAGCGUGGCGUUAUUGAGGCAUCCCGGAAGACUCUGCCAUUUUCAUAGGUGUUCUCCCAAACACAUAACACAUAGUCUUACUCAUUCUUGUUUCCUCCUUCUAGUUUUUGUGUCGCUGAUCGCUGCCGCGGACUCAAUGGCACAUAAGACUGAGCUGCCAAGCAGAGACCGCGCUCUGAAAGGAAGAGAGGAGAAAAUGGUCGUGGCAGACAAGCAUGCAGUCAAUGGGAAUCCCACUGUGGAACCUUUUCCAGUAGGAAUGGAGACCAUCAUGUUUGGUAUGGGCUGUUUCUGGGGAGCAGAGAGACUUUUCUGGCAGCUUUCGAGAGUCUUCUCCACACAAGUGGGCUACGCCGGCGGCUUUACACCCAACCCCAAUUACCACGAGGUCUGCUCAGGUCUGACGGGUCACACUGAGGUGGUGAGGGUGGUCUUCUCCCCUAAAGACAUCAGCCUUGAGGAACUGCUCAAACGCUUUUGGGAGAGGCACGAUCCUACACAAGGUAUGAGGCAGCAGAAUGACCAUGGUACUCAGUAUCGUUCAGCCAUUUACACAUCCAACCCCGCUCAACAGGAGCUUUCAAUGAAGAGCAAAGUGGCCUUCCAGCAGGCGCUGGAUAAAAAAGGCCACAGUCUCAUCACUACAGAGAUCCGGGAGGGGCAGCAGUUUUACUACGCUGAGGACUAUCACCAGCAAUACCUGAAGAAGGUACCUAAUGGCUAUUGUGGCCUCAAAGGCACUGGCGUCUCUUGUCCCAUUGGAGCAGGGAAGGAUGAGCUGUGAGAGAUGUGUGCUGAGAAAGAAAAUGAUGAGGUGACGAAUUAGGAUUUUUGAAGGCUAUUGUUGUUUACCAUCCUUAAUGUUUAAUUUUUAAAGAUAUUUGAAACAUGGGUUAAAUAUAUGCAUUUCCAGUGUAUUUUAAACAUAUUAACAUUAGUUAGAUAACAUGACUAAGCCUGAAGGAACUUAGUGACUAUAGUGUCUGCGCUGAAAAACAUUCUUUGUAUAGCACCUGUAAAACACAAAGGCACUUCAUACAUAAAGAUGUAUUUGAAUUUGAAUUUGAAUUUUUUUCAGGAUAACCCCUUGAGAUGUAUCAUCUCAUUUUCAAGGGGGUCCUAUUAAAACAGCAUUGAAAAGAUGACAAGACUGAACACGAAAUAAGAUAAAUGAAAAGAGAAUUUGAACUGUUAAGUUGUAGUGUAGCUGUAGCGGUGUCUGGUGGGCUGCAGCAUAAGCCUGAAUCCACAAGGUGGCGAUAUUUCUCAGAAAAACAUAGUAGAGCUCCAUGGUAUUGCAUCCUCUUUAAUGUCACAUAAUUGUAGUUAAGAAACCAUGUUAAAACUUUGUCUUUCAAAGUUGGUUGAUGGAAAGAAAAUCAUCCAACACUAAUGGUUUUACAAUCCAGCAACUUAAAGCCUGAACACUGAGAGAGCUCAGACUUUACUGUCCGGCUGACAGUAAGUCUUCAGACUUCUUAAAUGCAGAUUUUAUUAUGAUUAGUAGCUUAGUAAAAGGCAGCUACAAUUACACCAGCUUGAAUUAAAUGUAAUCUUUUUUUUUUAUUAUCUUACUCUCAAUAACUGAUGUGAAUGUAUUAAUCUCAAUCAAUACUUAGUCUGCUUUUAUUUUCUUAUUUCUUAUUAUGAAACAAUAAAAUACAUCUACU